AUGGUGUCCCCCUCUUCAUUUGGCUCCCGCCUGGAGGAGAAUGAAACCGACUGGCAUGCCGCUCCUCGUGCUGCCAAAAGACGCAAGCGAGCCUCCACCGCAGGUGCAUCACGACCUUCGCCCCGCGAGAUCGGGGUGAUGAGAGAAUCUCAAAACGAUGGACCAGCCACUUUUCUCGGAAGCUCUAGCGGAAUUCACUUUGUUCGUCAGGUUUACAACGCCUUUGCUCGUCGAUCCGCCGAGUUGCAGCGAGCUCGGAAUCGAACCUCGGUGCCAGGAGAAGAUGAUCGAUUGCAGCGAAACUCCGGCGACUUCAACUCUCACAGUACAGAUGAGCUGUGGUCGAGAGAGGAGCUAAACUUUGAAUCAGAUUCCUCGUUUUCAUUCGAUGAUUUAGCCAGUUGGACUCGCCGCUAUUUUGAGGACUGGCACCCCAUCUUUCCCUUUCUUCAUGCACCGACUGUUCUUAAAUCGAUGGAAACUCUCGCGAACCAGGGUGUUUCAGCAGUCAGCCGGCUAGACAUGAUUAUCAUUCGCUCCCUUGUUUCGAUAUCUCUUGCCGAUAACCGACAGACAGAUGGCUCGGGUGCAAACACCGAACCAGUACCGGCCACCCUGGUAUUCCAAUCUGUACGUCACAUCAUACAAGAUAUACAAAGCCUGCUUAUGGAGCCCACAACGGUACCACUCCUGCAAGCGACAUUCUGUGCCCAGCUUACCCUCACAUCUCUGUUACGUCUCAACGCUGCUUCUCGAGUCGGUGGUGUCAUCACGCGAACUGCAUAUCAUCUAGGAUUGCAUCGAUGUCCGGCUCGCUUCUCAUGCUUCGGUAGCCAUGAGAAAGAUAUUAGAUAUCGAUUAUUCUGGUCCAUAUACACCCUGGAACGAUAUCUAUCACAAGCUCUCGGUAUCCCGCUUAGCAUCCGAGAUGACGACAUUGAUGUUUGCUAUCCGGGCGAAGAAAGGCACUCAACCACUUUUUUAACAUCACAUGGCCACACCGAUAGUCGACUGCGACUACUUUGCCACCUUGCUAAAUUCGCUCGGGUACGCGGCUUGAUAAUUGAGCUUCGCAACAAGUCUGUCCUGCAUAGUCAUGCCAGUCCUGUCGAGGCGUCAUAUGUUAACGGCGAGCUUUCACAAUGGUGGAAUGAAGUAUACGACGAUGUCUAUCCUACGGAGGACGAUGAAGAUACAGAAUCAAGACAAGGCUCACCACUAGCCUCAUAUCAUCGACUGCUUCUCAUUGUCUUCCGACACGAGGCGGUUAUUGCCAUGAACCGACCAUUGCUUACCGCUGAGAAGCCCAACCAGGACCAGGAUUACAAAAAUGCAUUACAAACAUGUAUUGAGUCUUCGCGAUCUGCGCUUGCAGCAUUAAAGAAAUACAUGUCUUCUCCAUCUCAAGCACCAAUGACCUGGCCUUCCUUUACCUGGACAACAUGGAUGGCUUGUCUCAUCUUGAUGUACGCGUCAUGGGAGGGCGAGCUCCCGAUCGAUACCGCAUUAAAAUACGGUCGGAUGGGGACUUCUGUCCUUCAGAAUCUUGCUUUGCGUGGGAGCAGCUGGCCUGAAACAUGCAUCGAGGGGAUUAAGAGCAUGGUAUCUGCCUUGUCAAUGAACCUGUCCAGUCGGGAUCAUGAAAAUGCUGCUGGAAUUUUGUCUGAUGGAAAUGCCUCACAGCUUGGCCCCUCAGAUACCAGAGGGGCAAUGAGACCGGAGUCCCAGCACAGAAGUCAUCCAUCUGCUUCGAUGGGCAUGAACUCCGCCUUUUCAAAUACCCGCAGAACAGGGCCUACAAUGUACCAUCGUCUGUCGCCUUCUAUGAGUCCACAACCAUUUGAACCAUCUACAGACUCUGCCCCUCAGCGGGUUAACCCAAUCGAACACUGCGACUCGCCCAAUCUGAUUCGGAAUGCCAGUGAUAUGAUUGACAUAAACUCGAACGACGCUUCCCACGCACAAACAUCCGCCGGUCUAAUAUUCGGCAACAUGGCGAACAGCAACGCCGUACUUAACCAGGGACUUGGACAGGAUCCGCUUUCCUUCUCCGAUCCAUCUUACCUUUUCAUGAACGAUCUAUGGAGCGUGGCAGAUGGCCCUUGGAUAAUUCACGGAAACAUGAUGUAA